AUGCUACCCCCGACCGUAAUUAGAACUUGCCCUUCGGCAGACAACGAUUUCCAGCCCUUAAGUGAAUAUCAGGCCCAAACCCCAGAUACUUUCUUCGACGGGAAGCCCGUCCUCUACUACCACGACGAAAAUGUUAAGGCAUGGGUAUCAAAGGAGCAAUACGAAGCUCUGUAUAUUUUCUCAAAGGGUUCAGACGACGGCCAGACACCGUUAAAUCCUAGUGCGCCUGAAUGCUAUGCCCUCGAGAAUAACUGGGGGAAGCAUUUAUACGAAGAGAAGGUCGAGGUAUUCGUUGCAUCAAACAAGUUGACACUAUUCUCUCACAAGAGCGGAACAGGAAUUGAGAUUCCUUACCCGGCUAUUACGCUGCACGCCAUCAAGAACUUCCACCAUAUAGAGAAACCGGAUGAGGCUUCAUCCAAGUUCGUCGGAGUCUACAUGCAGCUGGAAUUCUCGAGUUCGGGAGGAGAGGACGACGAAGGCUCCGACCCCAUCGAGCUCACGCUUAUCCCAUACAAAGCUUUGUCAGACGAGCAGUCUUCGACAGAGACCACGCCAAUCAUCGACCCUUUGAACAGCGGGCGUGCUACCGCCUUAUUCAGCCAGGUCUCGACAUGCUCUAACUUACACCCCGAUCCCCAUGAGGAGGACGACGAAGGAGAGGGCGGGGACGAAUUCGACCGUAUUCUGUUCGAGGGUAGUGCCGAGGGUGAUGCGAUAGAAGGGUUACCUGGCGCGUUCAGGGGGGAUCUUAACGGCGGCUUACCGCCUCCUAUGCCGGGAAGCUCCGGUUGGAUUACCGCCGACAACGUCAACCAGUAUUUCGACCAAGAUGGCAAUUGGAUUGGGGGAGAAGGGGUGAGCGGUGAACUCGGAGACGGUGCCGGCCGCGUCCGUGCACAUGUCGAGUUGGAUCAGGACGGCAUGGAUGGGGUCGAAAAUGGCGACGGUGCCGACUCGAAACGUCCGCGAACCGAAUAA